AAAAAAAAUUAAGAGUUGAAUAAAAGAUAGAAUUGAUGCAGAUUGACUUUUAGAGGAGAGGAGGAAAUGGAAGAAAGAAUGAUAAUGGAGAAAAUUCGAGAGCAUCUCUACCUGAGCGAAGACGUUGACGUCAGCGACGCACCCCGAAAAGUUGAGAAAGGAAGAAGCUUCUACGAGGAUUUUAGCCUCAGAGGCAUCCGAGUCAACCGAGUCGACCCCGGUUUCAUUUCCUGCUCCUUCAAGGUCCCUCUCCGUUUGACGGACAGAGAAGGGUAUCUAGCAAACGGUGCAAUUGCAAAUCUUGUUGAUGAAGUUGGUGGAGCAGUUGUAUAUGUCGAAGGUUUACCCAUGAACGUUUCGGUGGACAUGUCCAUUGCUUUCCUUUCAAAAGCCAAGCUUGGUGAGGAGCUGGAGAUAACAUCGAGAGUCAUGGGAGAGAGAGGAGGUUAUAAAGGAACCAUCGUUGUCGUGAGAAACAAGAUGACCGGAGAGAUUAUAGCUGAAGGUCGCCAUUCUUUGUUUGGCAGACAGCCUAGUAAGCUCUGAGGUCCAAGCUCUCUCUCUUUGGUACUUCUGUAAAAGAUGAUCUUAUAUAACUUGUUUCACUAUUUAUUACCUUUUUGUGUUUGGGUUAUUUUCUUCUCUUUUUUUCUGAUUUUGAAAAUGAAACCUUUGUAUUUAGAUGGUUUAUAAAAGCUAAAACCUUUGUGGACUUGUUGAAUCAUCUUUCAUUGUAUUUAACAUUAAAAACAA